UCCAUUUCGGUAGCCAGCAGACCAGAAGAGUUGGUUGCUCUAGCUGCCAGUCUCCGGUAUUCCUUCAUUUUUCACAUUAAGAAGAAAAACAGUCCUCCUUUUGAGGCUUCUAAACUACUAAACCCCCUCACUCACUCAAACAUGAUCAAGAAAAGAAAACCAGUACCGCCAAUGAUGAAGAUGUUGGUUCUUCUUCUGGCCCUUUUCCCUGCAAUUCAAAGCACACACGGGGUUGCCAAUCAACCCCAGAACAACAAGAGGCAGAGAAAAUCAACAGCCACCAGUCGAUUUGGGUCCUCUGUGGUCUUCCCUGUUACUGGAAAUGUUUAUCCAAAUGGGUACUAUCAUGUGACCAUCAACAUAGGCCACCCCCCAAAUCCUUACUUCCUUGAUAUAGACUCCGGGAGUGACCUUACUUGGCUCCAAUGUGAUGCACCUUGCACCAAAUGCACCCCGGCCCCUCACUCUCCGUACAAGCCCAGCAAAGACCUCGUGAGCUGCAAGGAUCCCCUUUGUGCUUCCCCUAAUGGGCCCGUGAACAAGCCGUGUGACAACCCAGAUGAGCAGUGUGACUAUGAGGUUGAAUACGCUGAUCAUGGUUCAUCAAUGGGCGUACUACUCAGAGACUCCUUUCCACUAAGGUUCACAAAUGGGAGUAUCGUUAGUCCCCGCUUGAUGUUCGGCUGCGGCUACAAUCAAGAAGUUCCCAAUUCUGUUCACCCUCCUUACACAGAUGGUGUCCUAGGCCUUUCUGAUGGAAAAUCAAGCAUCAUGUCACAACUGUAUGAGCUAGGUUUGACACGAAAUGUAGUGGGUCUUUGUUUGAGCGGGAAAGGAGGCGGCUUUCUUUUCAUUGGAGAUGAUCUUGUUCCUUCUUCAGGAGUUGUCUGGAUGCCAAUGUUGAGCAAAUCUAUGGAUAAACAUUACAAGCUUGGACCAGCGGAAUUACUUUAUGGCAAGCAGGCAACGGGUGCUAAGGGUUUCUCGGUGAUCUUUGACAGCGGGAGUACCUACAGCUACUUCAAUUCUGAUGCUUACAAAGCAACACUUUCUAUUAUGAAGAAAGAUUUGAGUAGAAAGAAAUUGGAAGAUGCAGCUGAUCAAAGCCUGCCGAUCUGCUGGAAAGGCACCAAACCUUUCAAAUCCAUUAGUGAUGUCAAGAACUACUUCAAGCCCCUAGUACUGAGCUUUAAAAAGGGCACGAUCCACAAGAAUGUCCAGCUGCAAAUUCCUCCCGAAGCCUAUCUUAUCAUCACUGAACAUGGCAAUGUCUGCCUUGGUAUAUUGAACGGCACUGAAGUAGGACUUGGAAACUCCAACGUACUUGGCGACAUUUCUUUGCAGGAUAAAAUGGUGAUCUAUGACUACGAGAAACAACAAAUCGGAUGGGUCACUGCAAACUGUGACAGGAUCCCCAACAUGGAUCGUGAUUACAAUGACGUGUCUUCUCAGCCUUUUGCAUCGGACAUGGGUAUAGCACAAGAGCAACCUCCUGAAACUCACCGUCCUCGAAAAGAUGAAUUGUAAUAAUGCUGUGUUAUAUAGGAAGUACGUGAAAUUGUUCAGUUGUAGAAGAGGUUUAGUGUUGUAAAUUUUGUUCCACUGUUGUAGAGCAUCCACGGUAGCACAGCAAAGGCACAUAGGUUAGGGAAGUCCAAAAUAGAAGAGUGCAAAUUUUGCUUGAUAGAACGAGUAUAUACCAUAUAGAUUUACUUUGCCUAUUAACUGUCCCUCAUUUCAGCCUUA